GCGUCCGAACCGCCCGCGGAGGCCAUGGCGGAGGCCUGCGAGCCCACCCGCCCCCCGGAAGACGAGGAGGAGGAGCGGGAGCCGCUGCUGCCCCGAGUCGCCUGGGCCCAGCCGCGGAGGGGCGCGCCCGGGAGCGCCUUGAGGCUGCAGCGGGACGAGGGCGCGGUCGUCCCCAACGAGCCCUCCACCAAGGACCUGUCGGUGACGUCGACCUCUCUAAGCUCCUCCACCGAGCUGGACCAGACCCGCGUCCCGAACUCAGAAAUAAAUUCAUUCGUGGGAGAUCCAGAAUUUGCUGAUAUCAUACUGAGAGCAGAGCAAGCAAUAGACGUUGGAGUUUUACCAGAAAGAAUCUCUCAAGGGUCAAGUGGAAGUUACUUUGUGAAGGAUUCUAAAAUGAAUAUUAUUGGUGUGUUUAAACCCAAAUCAGAAGAGCCUUACAGCCAGCUGAACCCAAAGUGGACCAAGUACUUCCAUAAGGUUUGCUGUCCCUGCUGCUUUGGCCGAGGCUGCCUGCUUCCUAACCAGGGCUACCUGUCUGAAGCUGGCGCCUACCUGGUGGAUGCCAAGCUUCGGCUGGGCAUUGUGCCUAAGACAAAGGUGGUCUGGCUUGUCAGUGAGACGUUUAACUACAGUGCUAUCGACCGGGCAAAAUCAAGAGGCAAAAAGUAUGCCUUAGAGAAAGUGCCAAAAGUAGGUAGAAAGUUCCAUCGGAUAGGACUUCCUCCCAAGGUCGGUUCCUUUCAGCUGUUUAUGAAAGAUUACAAGGAGGCUGAGUAUUGGCUUAGGAGGUUUGAAGCUGAGCCUCUGCCUGAAAAUAUUAGAAAACAGUUUCAGUCGCAGUUUGAAAGAUUAGUAAUCUUGGAUUACAUCAUCAGAAACACAGACAGGGGAAAUGAUAAUUGGCUUGUCAAAUAUGAAAGCAUGAAAUAUGCGAAGAAAAUUGAAAGUGAGGAAUCAAACUGGAUUAAUAAAGAAUUGCUCAUCAAAGUAGCUGCAAUUGAUAAUGGGCUAGCGUUUCCCUUUAAACACCCUGAUGAAUGGAGAACAUAUCCGUUUCACUGGGCUUGGCUUCCUCAAGCAAAAGUUCCUUUUUCUGAAGAGACCCGAAACUUGAUUCUACCCUAUAUUUCUGACAUGAACUUUGUACAAGAUUUGUGUGAAGAUCUUUAUGAACUUUUUAAGAUUGACAAAGGAUUUGACAAAGCUGCUUUUGAGAGCCAGAUGUCUGUGAUGAGAGGCCAGAUCUUAAACCUCACUCAGGCACUGAGAGAUGGGAAGAGUCCUGUGCAGCUGGUGCAGAUGCCGUGUGUGAUCGUGGAGUGCAGUAAAAGUGGUGGGCGGGGGCGGGUUGUACACCUAGGCAGUUCCUUCACUCAGACGGUCCACUGCAGGAAGCCGUUCUUUUCUUGCUGGUAGCAGAUGUAAGGGGAACAGCUGUGUGGUGUUCCUGUGCUGAUAAAAUAUUACAAUGGUGUAACUCUGCUGCUGAGAGCACCAGUUGCCAAAACCUCAAAUAAUUCAAGUCUUUAAAUAUAUAGAAAAUAAUACUAUAUUUUGAAUGUAAUCAGAAGUUUACGAUUUUUUGUCCAAAUAUUAAAUUUCUAUUUCAGGGAAGUGAUAUAUCGCCUAUAUUGUGUUUUUAUAGACAAAUUGUAUGUUAUGUUUUUACUUUAAAAAGUAAUUUUAUGGUUUACACAUGCUAGCAUGGCUAUAAUUCUAUGGAAUUGCAACUAGAAGGGAAAUGUUGACUUUGACUGGAGUAGCAUUGUAUAUACUUUUUAAACAUGAGAAGAAUCUUCUUGCAUUCAUUCCAAAAGACCUUUGAGGGUGACCAAGACAGAAACGGCUCUUGUAGAGUUGCCAGUAGAUAGAGCAGGAAGGAAGGAUAAAGCAACUUUACCUUUACUUAAAAAGCUGCUGUUUUAAAACUGGAAUCAAGUGCCCAAAGGUGGUUGUCACUGGGAACCUGAAAGUUAAAUUUUGCCUAAAUGACAGGUGACUAUUUUAAUUUUUGUACUUUGGUAUAUUUGUUGAUGAAUUAUUCUGUUUUAGUGAGGGAGAAAAAUAUGACAUCUCCUCUCCUCCCUCCAU